AUGGAUAGGCAUCGAAUCAGAUUCAGAUACAGUGGUCAGCAAGACGAUGACCACAUUCUACUCGCUUUCAGCAAAAAACAUAUCGAUCUAAGAAAAGAAUGGCUGACUAACUUCAUGGUAGAAAGCAGAAGAAGGAAAGAAAUUGGUUUGCCAGAAAAAUAUCUUUAUGGCAAAGAAACUAAAUUUAUAUCUUUCGCUGAUUUUGUCAACAUGGAACUCGUUUUAUUUUCCAAUGGAGAUAACAUUAGGUCAAUUCCAAGUCUGGUGGAUGGUAUGAAACCUGGUCAAAGGAAGGUCCUGUAUGUAUGUAUAAAACGCAAUGAUAAGAAGGAAGUUAAAGUAGGCCAGCUUGUUGGUUCCGUUAUAGAAAAGUCUGGAUACCAUCACGGUGAUACUUCUCUGGCAAUGACGAUAGUUGGUAUGGCCCAAAACUAUGUCGGCAGCAAUAAUAUCAACCUCUUGGAACCGAGAGGUCAAUUCGGUACUCGUCUGACAGGGGGAAAGGACUCUGCAAGUCCAAGGUAUAUUUUCACUAAAAUGUCUCCUUUGACUCGAUUGAUCUUCCAUCCACAUGAUGAUGCGUUGCUCAAACAUGAAUACGAUGAUAAUGUUAAAAUCGAACCGUAUUGGUAUAUUCCCAUAAUACCUAUGGUACUAGUCAAUGGUGCUGAUGGUAUUGGUACAGGUUGGAUGACAAGAAUUCCCAAUUACAAUCCUCGGGAUCUGGUGAAAAAUAUCAGACGACUGUUGGAUGGAGAAGAACCAAAGGAACUCAUACCUUGGUACAAAAAUUUCACUGGUACAAUUGAAUAUGGAGGGGAUGGCAGAUAUGUAGUUAGUGGAGAAAUAGCUAUACUUGAUAAUGACACAGUAGAGAUUACGGAACUUCCCAUUGGAACCUGGACCCAAAAUUAUAAGGAAAAUGUUCUUGAACCAAUGAAUCAUGGUACUGAAAAAGUAAAAGCAGUUUUGUCAGACUAUAAGGAUUACAGUACAGAUGCUACCGUGAAGUUUGUUGUAUCCUUGCAAAACGGACAAAUGCAAACCAUGGAAAAGGAAGGAUUACAUAAAGCGUUCAAACUGCAGAGUCUCAUUAAUACCAACUCUAUGAACGCGUUCGACGAAUAUGGUUGUUUGAAAAGCUUUGAUACGGUUAUGGACAUACUCCAAGAAUUUUAUACUGUUCGCUUGAAAAUGUAUCAGAAGCGUAAAGACUAUCUUCUGGGUAUCCUAGAAGCAGAAGCAGCCAAAUUGAGUAAUCAGGCUAGAUUCAUAUUGGAAAAAUGUACUGGCGAAAUCACGGUUGAAAACAAAAAAAGGAAAACCAUAGUUGAUGAGUUGAUCAGAAGGGGAUACGCUCCAGACCCGGUCAUGGAGUGGAAGGCACGAACACAGGAGGAAGAGGAAGAAGAAGAGGCCGAAGAACCUGCAGAUGAAGAAUCUCAAGAUGAUUCUGAAGAAACAUCUUCCAAAAAGAAGAAAAAAGAGUACUCGGAAAAAACUAGUCCUGAUGUCAAGAAAUUUGAUUAUCUGUUGGGAUUGUCGAUGUGGAUGUUGACCGAAGAAAGGAAGAAUGAAUUACUCAGGCAGAAAGAAAAUAAAUUGACGGAACUGGAUGUUUUGAAACGCAAGUCACCUUCUGACUUGUGGAGAGAAGAUCUUGAUGUAUUCAUUGAACAGCUUGAUAAACUGGAGAAAAAGGAAAGAGAUGAGCUGAUGCAGGAAAUACAGAAAAGACAAAAGUCUCAACCAGGUAAGAAAAAAGUUAAAAUCUUUGAAACAAUGCCUUCUUCCAAUGCCCAGAGAGUCGAACCUACAAUCAGUGAAGACAUCAAGAAAAAAAUUCAAGUUGCAGUAAAGAGCAAAGAAAGUAGAUUAAAGAAAGGAGUUAAAAGGGAAGUGAACACAGAGGAAGAUGAAGAACAGGACGAAUUUGACGAUAUGGUGAAGAGUAAGAAGACACUGAAAGAAAAGUUGGGAACUCCUGAAGAUGUUGUAAAGAAGGCAAGGAAAAAGAAGGAAGCAGGAGGAGAUGGAUUGAAACAAAGCAAACUCAAUUUCCCCAAAGCUAACGGAUCUCCUAAGAAGAAAGGCAGGAAGAAGAAAGACGAUUCAGAUUCAGAAGACAUAUCAGAUUUUUCAGGUGGGUCGGAUGUAGAAUUCAGAGUAAGCAGCCCACUAAUCAAAGAACGUACUUUGAAUCGGAGGGCUUCCGCCAAAGUUAUCAAAUACAGCCUUUCCGAUGAAGAAGAAAAAUCGGACGAUGAACCCGAAUUAUUUGAAAAUGGUGCUAUUAUGGAAACAAAUCGUCAAGAAGUGCUGGUCAGUUCAGACGACGAGGAAAAGCCUCCUCCUCGACAUGAAACAUCUGAAGAUAUGUUUGAUUCGCUAAUCGGAAGAAAAAAAGAAGAAAGCAAAACUUCAGAGGUUAGCAACAAGAGAAAGAAAGUAGAUGAAAGUCAAUCAGACUCAGAUGAUGCAUCGUCAAAAAAAACAAAAUCGCAGACAAUAUCCAGCGAUGAUGAUAUAUUUGGAGGUAAAUCCAAACCUAAACCAAAAUCAAAAGAACCCAAACCUAAAAAGCCCAGACAGAAAAAGAAAAAGAGCAGCGAUGAUGAAUCGUCUUCUAAAAAGACCAAAACAAAGAAAAAGAAAAGUGAUUCAAGUGAUGAUGAUUUUGCUAAGAAAACGAAAAGCUCAAAAAAGAAUGAUUCCACUGAUGACGAAGAUUUCCGUCCUGUUAAAAGCAAAAGUAAGAAAAAUGAUAGUGAUUUUGAAUUAGACAAAUUUGAUAAAGUUGCCAGUCAUAGUGAUGUAUCUGAGUCGCCGGAAGUUGUGAGGUCUGUGAGACCAGGCAGAGGGGCCGCAAAGUCAAAGUACACAUUUGAUGAUUCAGAUGACGACGAUUUUUAG